AUGCCCCGAGAUACGAAAUCUUCGCUUCGCUUUGCCCGCCCAAGUGUGCGUCAAUUUAACAAAGAUGCCGCUAAGGCGGCGGUGCAAAAGUAUCAGGAGAAGCCGCUGAGUGAGGUUUGCCGCCUUGACCCAAAAACGAGGCAGCGUCGCGAGAGGAUCUGGCAGAACUGGGAAGAAUUUGCCGCUUGCGCUGAAGUCGACCCGGUCGAUAUAUGGUUUGACCUUUGCUUAGGCAAACCAGAAGUUCAAGCCAUCUUCCAAGGAUUUCUCAGACAAUACUGGGAGCAGUCUGUGACGUUGCGUCCCUGCCUUGGCCCUGAGGAAUAUGAGGAAGUACACACGAUUAAUUGCGCGUCAACAAUAGAAGAUGUAUGGUGUUUGCUGGUCAAUCAUGCAGACGAUCGGAUUAUGAAACCAAAAAGGCUUCAAGAUCGCGAGAAUGCCGGAAUCUGGUCAUUGAAGUAUUCUUCUAGGAGGACUUCAUCGACUUGCGGUCCUACUUAUGAGAUAGCUCGUUGGAUUCCUGAGUUCGGCACAGAAGUUGGAUUAAACUUGGGGCAGACUUUUCAAAAAGAUGGCGCGACUACAGACGAUAUUUUAACUAUUCUUUCCACUUUGUGGAAUAGAGCAAAUGAUGUUAGGUGUUCACCUGACGAUAGACUCUCUUUCACUAUGUAUGUUGUUGAAAUGGGUCUAGGAGGUUGGCGGCCAGGAGCGUUAGAACUGAAGAAGUAUAAUCAUGUAAAGCUCGCGUGGGUUAGAGAUCCUGUUAACCCAUCUGUUACGCGGACUAUAUGCUGGUCUACCGUUGAUCAUAACAAGCUUCGACGGCUUAGAAUCGAGCGAGAACAACGUUCAAGCUUGAGCUACGCACUCUCCGUGGUUCCAACGUUAGUUCUAUGCUUAACUACCAUGUUCACAAUUAGAGCAAUAAGAGAUAAUGCCUUUGAGGCUGGGUUUACGUCCUGUGAUGAGGUGCUUCACCCUGAAACACUCGAGGAGGGCGUUAACUUUGUAGAGUUGCGCUGGAAAGAGGAGUUUAUGAGUGAUGAUAAGUAUAUUAUGCCAAUGAAUUACCAUAAAUUUAUUAAUCUUUGGAACGAGGUGCGAAUGGUAUUGGGAUCUCGAUCUAGCCUCCGUCCCUACUCAGUUCGUGUUGGCGCGGUGGGUAGAUUGGAUGGAUGUCUUCAACCGGCACUUCGAAACUUUAUAGUAUCUCAUUCCACCGAGGUAUUUGAGCGAAGCUACCAACCAGUUAGACUGCGUGCGAACCUGGCGAAUAUCGCAUUCGGCGAUAAAGCAAGGCAUGACACAGCGCUUUGGGAAGCUAUCUCUAAUAGCCUGCAUAAUCGAGACCCAAACGCGCCUACACGUCUAACUAAAAAGGAAAUUGAUCAAUUUGAAUCAAGAAAAGAUAUAACAGAGCUUCGCAAGGAGCUGAAAUACAUCACAGCCAAAGAAGGGUCAUCUAGUCAAGAAGCAAAGAAAGUCUCAUCGCGAAUCAGAUAUACUCUUGACUGCCUAGAGAGACUAGAAAUUCAGGAAAAACGCCGCAAGUACUUUGAGGAAGCAGAUAAGCUACGUGCAAUGAACAAAUCAACGGCACAUCUUAAACAAGAGGUGCAAAAUUUAAAAAGAAAGAGGUUCGGAAAUAGCAGUGCCUAUGCCGCUAAGCUGGCUAGUCUUUUAUUCCAAACGAAUAUCACUUCCGCUCUAGCAGAUCGUCUUGUCGCUUUUAUAAGCGGAGCAAGCGUACUGAACGAGAUUGGAGAUGUUCAUCAUUUCAGGAAGGAAUCGAAGGAACCCGCGCGAUGUCUCUUUGGCUGUGGAACCUUCUUUAACACGUCAGCGCUCACAAGACAUGUUCGCCAUCUACACAUGCAUAUCUUUAAGGCCCGGUUCUUGUGCCCCGAGUGCAAGCGGAUGAACCUUGGAGAUGUGGUGAUUGAGGCGAAUCCCUGUGCCUGGAGUAGUCAUGUUCGAAGAGUCCAUGGCGCGGUUCACACCCCAAACCUAGAGUCUCUACCGGAUGUUCUCUGCCUCUUAUGCGACCAAGAAUACAAACAGAGAGGGUUCUCUCGCCACCUGAACACUCAUCAUGAGCUAUUUGACGAGCCAAUCUCAUGUCCAGCAUGUCUACAAGAGGGCAGGAAGGUCGAAGUCGAGGGAAUGGGAGGCUGGAUCACCCACGUAGCAGACGUUCACGGAGGUGACAGAGUUCUCGGAGCCAUAGAGGUCUACAAGACCUCAUGUUCAGAUGCUGAAAUCGCUCCAAUAGACAUAAACCCUGCCGAGGCGCAACACAGAAAAGAGCUUGCGAGAAGACGACAAGUGGAUCGCAAGAGAAAGGCAGGUAACGCUGUACCAUCGGCUCCCCUCCCAUAUAAACGGGCGAAAACGGCCUUAUCACAACCUUACGCACAUACUAGUGGUGACUCGGAUUGGGAAGUCUCAUCACCUGAUCCUCACGCGGAUGAAGAGUUCUGGGUUGAUGGAAGGGAGUAG